AUGCAAAAUCGUUUUAAAACUUUAAAUGACAUUUGUUGUGGCUAAGCGUGAAAUAUGUUAAACGCGUAUUGCAGUUAUGCGUUUUCGACAGUACAGCAAUAAUGCUGAGUGCACCGUGAUAAAAUUCCAGUAUGACAGUAUGAAACAGCAUAGAAAGAUCGCAGAUCGUUCACAACUGGUAGUGAGAGUGUUUAUAGCGCUUCUGUUGGUGACCCUUUUGACAGUGUACAACAAUGAGACCUAUAAUAUAUUUGCCAAUGUACGAUGGCAACACUUGAAGCCCAUAACAAAGUUGAUCGACAGUGAAUUAGCAAAUACAACGAUAACUACAACAAAAAUAGCAACAAUCGCCACAACUACGCGGCCAGAAGGAUAUUUGGUGUGGAAUGAAAAUUGUCAUAUGCCUUCGUUCGAUCCUUACGAACGCAAAUACAUAGAGGCUGAGGAAGAUACCCGUUACAUGAACCCCAUACCAAAUUGUACGGAAAAGCAGCCAUUAGUCAGUAAAUCCUACAACACAACACUGCAAGCCUAUGUUCUGCACAUCCAUACGGAACUAAAAGAUGAAUAUUUGAAGGGAUCAAAUGACACUGAUUAUUACUAUGCCUAUGGCAAUGAUGGCGAGGAGGAGGAGGAGGACAUUAAUUGCUGUUAUACCCCAAUUUUUCGGGAUACUGAUAAAGGCUACGCAUGGAGUAUAUGCACCCAGUUUGAGCAGGAUUUUGUGGUUCCCAUUGAUACGAAUUAUAUUCUUAUCGAGUGCAAUGGAACUGUGAAUGCUUCCACCUUUUACAAAGAUGGUAUGCAUUUUUUCCAGGAUCGUGAGGAAAUCAAGGAACGCAUCCACAAUAACACUGGCACUGCCAGACCAUUUGGCAUACUGAUGUUCGGCAUAGAUACCGUCUCGCAAUUUAAUUUCCGCCGUGUUAUGCCCUCAACCUUUGAGUACGUACGAAAUGACAGUUGGUUUGAAUUAUCUGGCUAUAAUAAGAUCGAAGACAACACAUUUCCCAAUAUAAUGGCCAUAUUGUCCGGUUUGGAUUUGCAAAAGGCCGAAGAGCUGUGCAACUACCAUGAUGAAGGUGGUAUGGACAAUUGCACCACCUUUCUUUUUAACCUGUUGCGGCAACAGGGAUUCAUAACCGCCUACUCAGAAGAUUUGAUUGAUAUUAGUACGUUCAACUAUCUAAAACCGGGGUUUAAAAACCCUCCCACGGAUUAUUACCAUCGACCUCUGCUUGUAGCCAUGGAAGAGCUACUGCCCAUCAAAAAAAUGUCUGAUGAAGCCUACUGCAUUGGUCCCCGAAGAUAUGCUGAAGUUAUAUACGACUUUGCUGUUGAAUUUGCAGAACGGUUUUUGGGUCAAUCGAUUUUCGGACUAUUUUGGACCAACAGUUUCAGUCACAACAAUUGGGCCGAUCCUGCCACCAUGGAUAAUCGUAUGGUUCAGUAUUUUCGACAUAUGGAUGAGUCUGGAAUUUUGGACAACAAUGUGGUGAUAUUGUUCAGUGAUCAUGGUGCUCGUUGGGGUUUUCUACGAAGCCAAAAGGAAGGCUAUAUCGAGGAGCGACUGCCCAUGUUUUUUAUGAGGUUACCGCAAUGGCUAAAAGAUGAAAAUCCGGAGUUUGUAAAGGCUCUAACCUUGAAUCAAAAUCGCCUCACCAGUCCCUAUGAUGUGCAUGUAACAUUAAAACAUUUGGCUAUGAUGUCCUUGGGGAAAAAUGAAUCCAUUGAUUUACCCCUCAGUUGUUCGACAUGUCAAACUCUGCUCGCAACAGUGUUGGAGGAUCGCACUUGCUCCAUGGCUGGCAUUGAAGAUCAUUGGUGUACAUGUACACCUUUCGAGACAUUGGACAAGGACUCCGAGGAAAUGGCAAAUAUCACUCAACUAGUCAUUGACGAAAUGAAUAAUUACUUAAAUCGGAGUGUUUAUGCUGAUCAGUGUGUGCCUUUGCUAUUGAAACGUGUUGUGGAAGCCAAUUUAAGAUUAGAUUUGCACCAGGACGUUCACUAUCUCCCAUUGCAGGAGUAUCGCAUGAAUUUCGAAACCAGCCCCAAUGACGCCCUAUUCGAUGCGUCAUUUCAGCAUGAUAAAGAACAGAAUACUAUUACAAUAGAUGUAACCGAAAUCAGCCGUCUUAAUCGGUACGCUGAAGACUCAAAGUGUGUAGAUGAUAACAUAGUUAAAAAAUAUUGCAUUUGUAAGGAUAGUGUUAAGGAUGAUAGUUAA